AUGCACUUCGCCCAACAACAACAGCAACAAGGGCCACAGACGCUCACCGCGGCAUCCGCUACUGCUGCCGCUGUCGCGACUGUACCAACGAUGAAAAAAGCCUCAUCGGUGGCAGCUCAGACGCACUAUCAUCACACACCCCCGCCGAAACCUUCGACGGGGGAUGCUACCGUGCGACCGCAAAAUGAGUACUACUCAACAGUUGUUGCGAGACGUCCAUCAAUGACAGGAUGUGACCCAGGAAGUGGCCCAGCAUCGAAGACGAGUAAUUUAUCGAUGCGACAUUCAGCAUCUGGAGCGACUAAGUUGGAGCGGAAGGACAAACAUGGUAAAUCAUGGGUACCAUAGAC